UGCCCACUGCGGUAUCGAGGCCGAGGGGUAUGAGAGCGAGGACGACCUGGCGAAACAACGGCCACCCUGGGCCUGCCCUCUGACGCCCGCACGCUGACCUUGAUGCUUCAUUGUGCGGCCUCGCGUCAAUGGCGCGACAACUGGUCCAAUUCAUUAUUCAAGCCACUCCUCGGGAGCACGCCGCCGCUCCCUAUCCCCGGAGAGGACCGAGAGGACGCCGUUUCGGUGCACCAGUUUGAAGUGCUCAAGACUCCCAAUACCUUCCCAUAUUCUGCUGGUAUCUCGGCACUCUACCCUUUUGUCUCUACACUGCCAGUGCUCGGUCCCUUGAGAAGCUCGGCCUGAAGGAGCGCAGCCUGGUGCGAUGACCAUGUUUGGCACGGGCGGGCUGGGCGCCUCGUCGUCGGUGUUCGGCCAGACGGCGGCGGCCAGCACGGCCAACCCGAUGAAGGACAUCGAGGUGGUGUCGCCGCCCGACGACUCGGUGUCGUGUCUGGAGUUCUCGCCGCCGGCCGUGCCGCAGACCUUCCUGGUGGCCGGCAGCUGGGACAACAACGUGCGCUGCUGGGAGGUGGAUCAGAACAGCGGCAAGACACAGCCCAAGGCGCAGCAGACCAUGGGCGGCCCAGUGCUGGACGUGGCCUGGGCCGACGACGGCACCAAGGUGUUCAUGUCGGGCUGCGACAACACGGUGCGCUGCUGGGACCUGGCCAGCAACCAGACCGUCCAGGUGGCCCAGCACGACGCGCCAGUCAAAACCGUGCACUGGGUGAAGGCGCCCAACUACACGUGCAUCAUGACAGGAUCCUGGGAUAAGACGCUCAAGUUUUGGGACACGCGCUCGCCGAACCCGAUGAUGUCGAUCGCUCUGCCGGAGCGCGCCUACUGCGCCGACGUCGACUAUCCGAUGGCCGUGGUGAGCACGGCCAACCGGGGCAUCAUCGUGUACCAGCUGGAGGGUCAGCCGCAGCAGUUCAAAACGCAGGAGUCGAGCCUGCGCUACCAGCACCGCUGCAUCUCCAUCUUCAGGGACAAGAUGAACCGGCCCACCGGUUACGCCAUUGGUAGCGUGGAGGGUCGCGUGGCCAUUCAGUACGUGAACCCGGCCAACCCCAAGGACAACUUCACGUUUAAAUGCCACCGCUCUAACGGCACCAACCAGGGCUACCAGGACAUCUUCUCGGUGAACGACAUUCGGUUCCACCCGGUUCACGGCACGCUGGCCACUGUCGGCUCUGACGGCCGGUUCAGCUUCUGGGACAAGGACGCGCGCACCAAGCUGAAGACCUCGGAGGCCAUGGAGCAGUCCAUCACCAAGUGCGCCUUCAACCACACCGGACAGAUAUUCGCCUACGCCGUCAGCUACGACUGGUCCAAGGGCCACGAGUUCUAUACCCCGACCAAGAAGAACUACAUCUUCUUGCACCCGUGCUUCGAGGAGCUGAAGCCGCGACCCAAGACGUAGGACUUCUCUACCACUGUGUGAGGAAGGGGCACGGCAAAGACGCCAGGCGCUGGGUGAAGUAAGCACGCGAAAAUGGUUUGUGAUGAAAAGUGAAUCACCCGUUCAUGCAGGGCUGAGAGUAGGUAUAUUUUUUACCAUCCACAUUUGCCUGUUAGAUUGAACCUACAAAUAAACGUAUUGGCACAGUUAAAUCGACACGAUUUCCACAUAAAUGUUUCGGAUAUUCAAUCACCUUUUGUCGCUGUUUCGCUCUUUUCUCGGCGUUACAUUCCUGUGUAGAUGUUCGCUUAGCUCACCGACCCAAGAAAUGGUCGUCCGUGAGACUCGUAAUCGCUCACAGCCUUUCCGCUCUCCGAACAAUGCGUUUUGAGCCCUCACAUCGUCUGGAUCAGUCACCGUGUGACUGAUUUGUGGCGGCGGACUGAUCGGUCCCUAUGUGACUGGAUUUGCUGUCGAUCGGAGAAGGUGAUGCGAGGUUCAUGUGAUCACUGAUCGCCACUCUAGGAGCGACUGUGGCUCUCCUGGUGGCUCCGGAGACAAGUGUAGACAGGUCGGAGUGUGGACUGCGGGUGCGUUUGUACACUCGCCGGCGUUGCCAUGGCGACGAGCUGUGUUUGUGCUGAUGGCGUGACACCGUCGGCCGAUGUUUUCCUUUUGUAGUGAUAUGUGGCCUCCGCAUGAGAUGCUGAGUGUAAAGGUGGCGAAUAAAAAUGCGUGAAUAUUCGCA